GAAGCGCGUAAUGCUGCGUAAAGUGUUUGUGGUGAUGGCGGCGGUGGAAGGAGCCGCCGCCUUCUCUUCCCUGCUCCCCACUCCUCUCCACUCAGCUUCUGGUUCUCCUUCAUCUAUCACCCUGAGGUCUCCUCCUGCUGCCCUGCCAGUUCCGGGUUCUCGACGCCGUGAUGGAGCGUGCGCUCUCAACAUGGGCAUUGGCGACCGUUUCGUCAGACUCUUUAAGGCCAAUGUCAACGAGUUUCUUAACAAGGCAGAGGACCCUGAGAAGAUGCUCAAUCAGAUUGUUGAGGACAUGCAGAAAGAGUUGAUUGAAUUCAGACAGACCUAUGCUGAAGUUGCAGCAAACACAAAAAGGCUGGAAAAGCAGAAGCAGCAGGCCGACCAGUUGGUUGAGGAAUGGCUGAAGCGUGCAAAGUUGGCGCUUGAAAAGGGGGACGAAGAUGCUGCAAGAGCUGCAUUGGAGCGCAAGAAUCAGCAGGAGGAAACAUCUAACUCUCUCAGAGCACAGCUCGAGACUCAGACGGUUGCAGUGCAGAAUCUUUUCAAUCAGAUGCAGCAGCUCGAGCAGAAGAUUAGCGAGGCAAAGGCCAAGAAAGAUCAGCUCAAAGCUCGUGCUCAGACUGCCAAGGUUUCAACUAAGAUCAAUGACAUGAUGUCAAGGUCUUCCAGCGCUGGUGCCCUGGAGGCGUUCAAUAGGAUGCAGGACAAGGUGGAGAGGAUGGAAGCGGAGGCUGAAGUUGCAAGAGAGCUGUCCGGCGAUUCAAGCAUGGAGCGCCGCUUCAAGGCCUUGGAGUCGAGCUCUAAGGUGGAGGACGACCUUGCUGCUCUUAAGGGUGCCAUCGGAGGCUCCUCUGCUCCCAAGUCUUUGUCAAGCUCGAGUCUAGAACUAGAUGCCGAACUUCAGAAGAUGAAAGAUGAGAUGAAAAAGAAUUGAGACAUGGGCGGAAAAUGAUAUCAAUGGACUUGGAGAGAGCAAGGCCCGGCCCAGUUAGUUUCAUGAUGGGCGAAUCAGUGCCCGAGGGAAAUCAUUGCUAAGCUCACUGCCGUUGCGGGGAGCGGCGGCAAGUUUGGCACUGGGCGGCAUGUAAAGACUGUGAUGUCUAGAGGAAUCGAAGAAUGAUUAAAUGCCAUCAA